GCUUUUCAAUGUGUUUGUCAAGUUUGAACGUGUAUCGUGACGUCAGAUGGUCCUCACGCUGAAACAGCGUUGGCGAGUCUUUGUAGACAAUCUUCAACUGGUCUUCUUCAAUUCUUCAUUGCCAAAAAUAUCGCGCUUUAAUGUGCCUGUUUUAAUUGAAUGCCUUUGAAAGAGGUGCAAAAGGCCAAUUACGAACAAUUACUCCAAGGAAGUGAUAAAGCGAGACAGAAAGCUGGCUUAUAGGUCCCUCGGCAUGACGUAAUGCGUUAUUGUUUUGGUUAAUAUUACGGGAUGGACAAUGAAUGAAAUUCGAAUUCCCUCGGGCCAAGUAAAUAUUGAAUUUCCAGCCGAGACGAUGGACGUAUGUGGAGAGAUGGCAGAAUCAGCCGCGCUGCAAAAUAACGACAAUCCACCGCCAGUUGAUGGCAUUUUCGCCGCCGAAUGUAUUCUCAAAAAGCGAACUCGAAAAGGUAAGAUCGAGUACUUGGUGAAAUGGAAAGGUUGGUCGGCGAAACACAACACAUGGGAACCAGCCGAUAAUAUACUUGACGCUCGGCUGCUUCUCGCGUACGAAAACAGCCGAAGACGAAGAGGGAAGCGAUCAAGGUGGCAAAGAGGAAUUGCAACAUCUUCCAAAAAGCCCAGACUCGAUACGGGUCCAAAUUUUCACAUGAGAAGCGAAUCGAAUUCGUUAGACUGGGAUGGCAUGGAGGAUGAAGAUUGCCGUAUUAGCCAUGAAAGUGAAAGCAGUGAUUCGAGCUUUGGUGGUGAUGAUGCUACAAGCAACGAGCUUGAGCUCAAUGGGACGGCAGAUGAAAAUCCGGUAGCGAGUUCAAAUUCUCCGCAACAAGCUAUUGGCGCGGAGUUGAGUUUAUCAAGCCUGGUUGCUCCUCCGUUAGUGCAGAGCACCCAAACAGGAAGGCCUCUUUCAGACCAGAAAAUGACAACACUCAACGCCAAUGAGGCGAGAAGUUCCUUCGAAAAACAAGCCAAAACGUCAAGCUCUGAGCUCCAGAAAACGCCGAUUUCGGGAGAAAGGAAAGAGGAAUUCUCAAGCAGAGCUCGUAUCCCUCAGGAGACGAAAUUAAAGAUCAAUUCGGAAAGAUUAAACGGUCACGAUGAAGUUUCUCUCGGGGGGAGUUUAUCCGGAAAAGGAUGUCGUGUCGGAACCGUGAACGCGGCCGAUAAGGUUUAUCUCGAGUCAGCAGAACAAGAAAACAAAAAGGCUACCUCUCAGAAACGUCGAGAAGGCCUUAGCGAAGGGGAAGCUAGCACUAACGGAGAAUUAAAACAAAUGACAGUAAAGAUGAACGGCGAGAAAACAUCAGUCAAAGCUUGCCCGGUCACGGACAUCGGUACAAGCGGCCAUGUGAAGCCUAUCAAGUCAGGCAAGGGUUUUCGCAGUGAAAGUGGUGAAAAUCAGGCUGUUGCAGUUAUCAGUGGCUGCGAUGCAGCUUACAUAAGCAGUCCAGCGCAAAAUAAACUGCGGCGCAACGGCGAGAUGCUUGUGUCCGAGGUGACGGUGAACUCGUCUUGUGCUUGCUUGCCAAGUCCGAAUGACCACUCUGCUAAAUUGUUGCCACAGGAAAGCUGCAAGUGCUGGAGAAAGCCCCUGAUUGAUCAGAUCUUCAUCACUGAUGUAACAUCCAACUUUGUUACAGUUACCGUCAAAGAGUGCUUAACAGAUAAAGGGUUCUUUCGUCAAAGAUGAAACGCGCAAAUCGCGGACCUCUCGGAAGCCGUUUCUCUGUGUUUUCAGCCGCCGGUUUGUCGCCUUAGCAGAAGCGUAUAAAGUUGUCAACAAUUUUUAGCCGUUUCAUGACCUCUGCUCCAUGCUUGUGGAUUGAGUAUGGAUUGUGCGUUUCUUAUUUGCAGUUUCCUAGAUGACGCAUAGCGUAGAAAAGUAUCAAACUGUGGGAUAUUUGCAAGGAAUUAUUGAUGUCGGUGUUUAACUCCGAAAUUGCUCCAAUUGAGUAGCGCCAGGCGCAUGGUAGAUUUCUAGUUCAAGACUGUGCAUAGUGUUGGGUUUGCUAGAACUUUAGUUCAUAGUUCCGACUAGAUCUUGUUUGCAACGGGCAUCUGAACUUUUUUCAAUACGCUACUAGACAGAAGUCCCCUUUUAAAUCAUAAUGGCUCUUCAACGACUCAAGCAUCGUGUAGUAAUCGCCAGUAGAUUGCUUUAUCAAGCCCGCCGAAGCGAGUUUAUUUCAAAGCAACUCCGGACGAACGAAUGUUUUAAGUUGUAGAGUCAAGAGUGCUAUUAAUAAGGUGUUCUCCCGCUGAUGUUUCGCCUCUGUCGUACUUGAUAAUAACAGAAGAGUCGAUCUGUGACGGAACACAAAUCUUCUCAUUUAUAUUGGUUUAGCUAGAAAAGUCAGUGUAAGAUCGAUCGAGCUGGAAACCGUGAGUGUAGAACAAACUUUACUCACUGAUCUACACAAAGCAUACACAGCCGUUGAUUUAGUAGAGCUUGUUUAUAAAUCCACGGAGCCGGCAUUAAAUUUGUAAUAAAAUCAUUUGAAUGAAAACUAGGUAAAGAGGUACCGAUAACAGAGGUUAAAGAAAAAAAAAAUUAAAUCUGAACGACUGACGACGUCGAAUUGUUAACGUCAUAGUUGAUGCCAUAAUACCCAAAUGUAAAUUGAGGACUGUCAGUUAUUUCUAGAAUGUACUUAAUCCUCGAUUUGAAAUCAUGCUAGUUUUAUGAUAAGCUAUAGAGCAUUAUUCGCUACGUUUUCGUAGAGUGUAUCAGUCGACGAGUAAGUCUAAAAAAUGCCUUCUUGUGUGGGCGACAUUUGUAGGCCCGAAGCGGCCAUUGAGUUGAAAUUAUGUACAGAAACAUUAUUAACAAACGUAAAGGUUACAAUAAACAUUAUCAUUUACUUUC